UAUAGACAUAAGUUAAGAGAAUACAGUUUCUAUCAUUUGAUUGGCUCGUUUUGGAAAGAACGUUACAAUUUACAUCGCUUACGCAAAAUAACGGGGGCUAUCAAAUGUGAAACUACGCGCAAAUUUUUCAAUUCAUGGCUGAUAUUGUUGAACAUAUGGGAUGGUAAUUCAACACUUAUAGGAGACAGCGUUAUUAGGCUAUUUUCAAUACUACCUAAAAUAUACCUACGUGAUUUCGAAAAUGUCUCAAUCAGAUCAACCUUCAUCACAAGAGUCAGAUAUUUUAUCUCAGGGGACCUUUCAAGAGAUAUGGGCUUCCUUGCAAAGGACAUUCAGUGAUCCCACAUGUGUUUUGGAUACAAUUCCUAGAAAAAUCGAGUAUAGAGAUCAAGAUUAUAAAGAUCAUGAUGAGGUGGAAAUUUCAUACACCAAAUAUAACUUUCAGGAAAAAAAAGAAAGUUUGCCAUCGACCAAUGGCCAUGAUGAUGAAAGUUCAAUGUUGAAUGGGGAAAGUCUUGUCGUAAAUGAAGAAAUAGAGCUGGCUCCAAUUCUUAGUAAUAAGGAUUAUCCGGGAAGAUACCAUUUUGGUAUUGAGUUUGAGCCCACAGUUUUUCCAAUAACUAAAGCAACACCAUGUGUCUACGUCGAAGAACGUAAAAAAUUAUUUGUUAAGAUGCAAUGUGUCAUUCCAAUAAUGUUUAAAAUAAAAGGCAAUCCACCGUCUGGUAGCGGAAUUCGUGGUAUUCUUAUGUACAAAAAACCAGAGCAUUAUCGCGAAAUUGUUGUCCGUUGUCCAAAUCAUAAAAAUACGUGCUCAGAAAAGUAUCCUGAGCAUGUAAUGAGAUGUGAUAAUCCACAAACAAGAUACGAAAGUUGCCCAAAGACAAAAAGGUUGUCUAUAUUCAUACCGCUGAAUGCUAUGAAACCAGAUGAUAGCGGAUAUCGCAAGGAAUUGUUUAGAUUUACAUGCUUUAACUCUUGUGUUGGAGGAAUGAACAGACGACCAACACAUUUAUCCUUUCGACUGGAAUGUGGUUCUAGGGUUGAAGGUAUAACUGUGGUUGAGCUCCGUAUAUGUGCUUCACCUGGGAGAGAUAGCAGUGAAAAGGACCUGGGAUCUAAUUCAAAGCUAAACAAACACCAGGACAACGAACCCAGUUCAACGACAGACGUCACAUCAUCCACAACAACAUUAUACCCCCCUCGACAGAGUGUAUUAAUGUCGACGGUUAAAGACUCCAGCUCACCCAAACCUUUCCAGUUCUCUAUCACGCAAGGACAACAACCUCGCAAACGACUAAAUCCUUAUUUGAGCGAUGGAUUUGUUGUGAAGAGAGGAAAGUGGAGCCAAGAAUGUGCGGCUGAUUCAUCUUCAAGUUCCGAUGAAACGUUUUAUCUGAAGGUACAUGGUCAGAGGCGUUAUGAGUUAUUAACGAAAAUCAACGAGGCUCUCCAUUUACUAGAUGGUGUAAAGGCACCUGAUCAAAUACAAAACAAAUGUGCAAGUGAUGAAAGAAGUCCUCCAGAAUUCACUAAAAUUCUGCCAAGAGUUCAUGAUAAGAUACAGGAUGUGCAUUCUGAAAUUCAGCUUGAAUCUAGUUUCCAGUCCUCGCAAGAAGUUAACGAAUUGUCACAACUGAGUCGUACAUCAUCCAAUGCGUCAUCGCAAUCGUCCCAGUCCUCCUCGUCAUCUGGCAAGUUUAGUGCAGAAAUAUUUACACUAAAACAAUUAUUGCCUUUCCAAUCUAACCUUAAAAAAAUUAUAUAAGUUGUUUUGUUGUGUGAUGUUAUUUUAUAUAUUUAUAAUUGCCUAAAUGCAUUUGUCGUGAACUCUCGAGGAGUGCAACUGUUGUGCCAAAUAUUUGGUACUAAUAGUUCGUCAUUGAAUCUCAAUUUUCUUGAAUUUGGGACACAAAAAUUACGAGCUUUAAAUAAUUCCAAACAUACAUGGUAUGCUGAAAUUACUGUUUGACGUUUAUUAAUCCCCAUAAAUAGUUUAUUUUAUUUGAUAGACGGUGGACCGCUGGCACUUCUUGUUGCGUAUAUAGUAUUUGUUGUCGAAAGUUUCUUUUUUUAUUCAUCCUGUACUAGUUAAAACAAUGGGACGAAAAAAUUUAUUACAUUUUUUUGCAAACCACUGAUUGUCAUAAAGAUUAAAAUUGUGGUCCGUUGAGAUUUAUUUGAGCACGGUUAAGUAUACAUAAAAUAAAGCAUUGAAAGCACAUAAAAGUACUUCUGUGAGAAAGCGGAUUAAAUGUGAACCGAAACAACUGCAAUGGAUCUACGGAGGGUUCGAAUUCGACUUAGAGAGCGAUAACUUGGAUAAAGACUGGUCAACGAAUGAAAUUUAGAAGAAACACCCUGUAGAGGGCGAGACCACGGGAUCCUUAUAUUGCUCAGCAUGUUAUAACAACUGGGAAGAAUUUUUUCUGGAGUACCUUGAGUUUGCAUUGAAGAAGCCAUGGAAAGUGCUGCUUAUAUGGCCCUGUAUGUGAGUAAGACUUCCUUGCAAUGUGUUUCAAAGUGUUUUUCUGCAAAGUUGCCAGUAUAGUUGUGUCGAGCGAUUAGUAUAAGAAUGGCUUAUCAGAAUUCACUUAAACAGAUUGUCCAUGCCAGUGUGUAAAAUGUUAUUAAAUGUAGCAGCUUGUCACCUUACCUUGAUCUUUAUAUACAAGAUUUUAUCUAAAUGAUUCUCUGUGAUGUUUCUAACUUUAAAUUUAAAUCAAUUUUUAAUACUUAGCUAUAUCAGUUUAAAUACAUUUGAUUCAGACAUAUUACAUUUUAUCCUACACUUGUUAGUUAAAUAUGAAUCAAAAUAUAGAAAUCUACCGUCUCAUA